GACAGUGAGAUUCUGUGGCACCAGCCAGCCCUGACGUCACUGUCAUUCAUGACCAAUGAGAGGUCACCCUCGGACCCCAAUCUUACGACUGACCUUGAAAAUCUCACCCUCAUCAAGAAGGACCUUCCUCCAGAGUUGAAGUUCAACUCAGAUUCUCUUGUAGUCGUCGCUAUUUACAGCAUAAUAUUUGUGGUUGCUUCAGUAGGCAACGUGACAGUGUUUGUGUCUCUGGUCCGCAGUCGUCGUCGCAAGUCACGAGUAACACUGAUGAUGACUCAUCUAUCCAUCGCCGAUAUGAUCGUCACCUUCUUCAUGAUCCCGUUGGAGAUCUGUUGGAGGAUAUCGACACAAUGGUUCGCUGGCAACGCCGCCUGCAAGUUCUUAUUGUUCUUCCGAGCCUUCGGUCUGUACCUGUCCUCCAACGUGCUGGUCUGCAUCAGCCUGGACAGAUACUUCGCCGUGUUACAUCCGCUCAAGGUCACCGUAGCACGACGUAGAGGCAAACUAAUGCUGGUCGGGGCCUGGACUGCCUCCGUAGUCUGCUCUCUUCCCCAGAGUGUGGUGUUCCACGUAGCGCAACACCCAGAAUACCCAGAAUUCUUCCAGUGUGUUUCCUUCGACUACUUCUCUACAGAGUUUAGUGAGAAGGCUUACAACUUCUUCUGUCUAGGAGUUAUGUACUUUCUUCCACUUGUCGUCAUAAUGUUCGCUUACACGUGUAUUCUGUUCAAGAUACUAUCAAAGACCAGACAAAAUCAAGCUGACAUGCAGCGUCCCGAAGAGAACAGUGCUGGACCCAGGACGAGGAUGAGACUUAGGAGGAACGAUACUUCUGUCAUAGAGAGAGCGAGAGCCAAGACUAUCCGAAUGUCCGUUACCAUAGUGGCUGCUUUUGUGGCUUGCUGGACACCUUAUGUCGUCAUGACAAUGUGGUACACUAUAGACCGCAAGUCAGCAGAGAACGUCGACUCUAGAGUACAGGAUGCAUUGUUUGUCAUGGCAGUAGCCAACUCCUGUGUCAACCCCCUGGUUUAUGGGUCUUACGCUUUUGGCAUUUCAUGGUGUUCAUGUGCCGGGUCAAGCAAUAGACAACAGACAGAGGUCCCAGGUCUUCCCAACACAGACCAGCCUAGUCCGGGGAACAAGCUUAAUGUUAACUAUAGCGCAUUAAACAGAACGAGUAGAGAUCUAAGGAGGGGUAAGAGUCUCACUUGUCUCAUCUGCAAAGUCGGAAGAUGGCUGUAUGAAAAGAACCCCUCUCCAGUUGUGACCAAUCCAGCAAUACAGAACCAAAGCCGCACUCUUAGCACGAGGGCUGGGGAUUGGUCUAGGAGGCCAGCAGUAUCAGAGUUUCACCUAGACAGACUAGGAAUGAGAGAAUGGACGCCCAAGUACCACAGCGAUCCCGGUAGAGAGGCUCCUAGCUCCUCCCAGUGUACUUCCUUCUAA